AUGGCAACACAAAUGGAGUAUCGAUCUACUAAUCCUGCUAAAAGGCAAAGGCUUGAUUCACUAAAUACCUUUACAAUACAACCCAAAUUGGAACGACAGAAUGGGAAUAGUCACAAAGAUCCACUCCAAAAUGGGUUUGCAACUGGAAACAAUAGCACAGGAGAACGGAAAAUCGAGGUGAUUGAAAUAUCCUCUGACGAUGAGGAUGAACCCACGGUGGAUACAAAAGAUCGUGCUCUCACUGAGACCAAAAUUGAGCCUGCCCACUCCAUCAAAAAUGAAGGUGCAUUUAAACUGGAAAAGAGUUUCACUUUCGAAAAUGAUGAUAGUGACGAUGAGAUCAUUAUCCUAUCUGAGAAAAAAGUGGCGAGCGAUACUCCUAAGCCAAGUCCAGCAUCAGCGACGCCUACUAACUUGAACCUUAAUGGUAGUCAUAAGCUAAAGAACGAUCCAGGUCUUCAACUGAACGGCCCAACUCCACAAAAAUAUCCGCAGGGAUCUCUCAACAACACAAAUGGUAGUGUGAACAAUGCCCAUCUUCUGGUUACCACUUUCAAACCUCAAAAUCAACUGCAAGUAGCGCCUAACAAUGUCAACAAUCAACAGCUUGCGCUUCAAAAUCAACUUGCUAUGGGCGGCGCAUUUGCUAAUGCACAAAACAACACCUAUCAAACUCGCAACAAUCCACAAGCCAUUGGCUCUUUAUUUCAGCCACAUCAAAAUACAAGCUACAGCUCGAUUCCAGGUGCAUACAACAUGCCAGCUCCAGUUCCCCACGUAGGCGACAACCUUGAACAGGUGUCACGCGAUGAGCUAAAGCAAAGAGAAGAAGCAAAGUUACGAGAGUUUGGGAAAUUGGAACAAAUUAAGCGAACCAUCUCAUCUCAAAUACAGCGGCAGCAACAACAAUAUGAAGUGGAAAAUGCACGAAUGUCCAAUAUGAGUUCACAACUAAGUCAAGCAAACCGGUUGGGCAGACAUGCCCUUGUGGAAAAAAUAAGGGUGGCCAUACUCAAAAUUCAAAGAGCAAUGAAUACUGCACGUAAUAAUAUCAAUGCAUACCAACGCUCGCUCGAGCCUGUUGAAUCAAGUAUGCAGUUAGUGCGGCACAGCUUGGCAAGCAUCACCAACAUGUUACGAACAGCGAAUCAUCAGGUGAAUGCGGCUUUUAACCCGUAUGAAGCAGAAAUUUUUAGAGAUACACGAGCUCAGGACACCAGCUCUGGCGGGCAAGAUGACGAUGUUCAGGAUUUACUAGAUAAUAUUGUGUCAGAUGAGAGAUUGGAAGAGGGUAUGGAGCCCACUCCACCGGAAAUGACAAUCAAGUUGUUGAAACAUCAAAGUAUGGGGCUCGCGUGGAUGAAACGAAUGGAGGAAUCCAAAACCAAAGGAGGCAUUUUAGCUGACGAUAUGGGGUUGGGUAAAACGGUGCAGGCGUUGGCCCUAAUACUUGCAAACAAAUCUGCCGAUGCAGAAAGAAAGACAACGGUGAUUGUUGCUCCCGUUUCUUUACUCCGACAGUGGGCUGCUGAAGUGCAAUCAAAGACACAACCAUCCUGUAAUUUGCGAGUGGGUAUCUAUCAUGGUGAAUACCGGAAAGUCAUGUCCACUGCUCUGACGUUGAGGAAAUACGAUAUUGUCUUGGUAUCAUAUGGAACUUUGGCGUCUGAGUGGAAACGCCAUUUUGCAAAAGACUUAGCAGAGAAUGCUGAAGCAGGACGAGGAUACUUGCCGAAACCUGAUUCGGGUGGUACUAGCUAUGACUCUCCCUUCUUUUCCUCAAAUGCAUUGUUUUUUCGUGUCAUAUUGGAUGAAGCGCAAAACAUCAAAAACAAAUUAGCAAUUGCAUCAAAGGCUGUGUUGUACUUGAAAUCAGAAUAUCGGUUUUGUUUAACAGGAACCCCCAUGCAAAAUAAAAUCGAGGAAUUGUACCCAAUUGUUCGUUUCUUGAAACUUCGGCCAUACUAUAUUGAAGACAAAUUUAGAGCUCUUGUCAUCCCAUUGAAAUCCAGAUCAGAGGAUUAUGAUAAUGUUGAUCGAUCUCAUUCAAUGAGGAAAUUACGAGCAAUGUUGAGUUCAAUAUUAUUAAGACGAACAAAGACAUCGAAAAUCGAUGGGCAACCAAUUUUAAACUUACCCACCAAGCAUGUGGUUGCUGAUUACGUAGAAUUGGAAAGUGAAGAAUUGAAAUAUUACAAGGAUGUUGAAGCUGGAAUUCAACGACAAGCGCAGCAAAUGCUCGCUUCGGACAAGGACCAUGGAUGUAUGUUUACCCUUUUGUUGAGAUUGAGACAAGCCUGCUGUCACCAAUAUCUUGUUGAAAUUGGGCAUAUAAAAGCGGAUAGAAAGGAGCAACUUGAUGGCGCUACUGUGAAACUUGAUUGGAGGAAACAAUUGCGAAACGUUGUUGGAUUGAAUGAGGGAACGAUUUCCCGCAUCAAGGAGAACGUACAAUCUCUCUCAAGUAGUGAACUGACUUGUUCUUUCUGUUAUGAUGUGGAAGAGUUGAGCAAUUUUGCGGUAUUGGGAGAAUGUGGCCAUUUGGUUUGCUUGUCUUGUCUCGAAACGUUUUUUGAUGAGCGUGCUGUUGACACUGCCGAUUCACUGGGUCGGGUCGCAACUUGCAUCGACUGUAAUACCACUGUGAAACAUGCCAAUACUUUUGAGUAUAAUAUGUUUGAAAGAUUACAUAUAGCUGGGAACACUAUUGCCAAUGUUGAAGGAUAUUACAAGGACAGGCAGGGAAGCAAUAGCAUGUCGAAUGUUGCCAUAAUUCGGGAAUUGACUACUAGAGAUCAAGGAUUUGAACCAUCGGCCAAAAUCGAAAAGGCAAUUGAGUUGAUUAGCGAUAUUCAGGAGUCCAACCCGGGUCAAAAAAUUAUCGUUUUUUCUCAAUUUGUCACGUUAUUUGAUUUGAUGAAAUUGGUACUUGAUUAUCAGAGAAUCCCGUAUCUAAGAUACGAUGGAUCCAUGUCGAUUGAGAACAAGAACACCGUAAUCAAGCAAUUUUACCAAAAUGAGGCUGAUGUCUUGCUCAUUUCAUUACGUGCAGGAAACGUUGGAUUAACUUUGACUUGUGCCAAUCAUGUCAUUUUAAUGGAUCCAUUUUGGAAUCCAUUUGUUGAAGACCAAGCAAUGGACCGAGCCCAUCGUAUUGGACAAGAGCGUGAAGUUUAUGUACAUCGUAUCUUGGUUUCAAACACUGUUGAGAGUCGUAUCAUGGAACUUCAAGAGAGCAAAAGGGAGUUGAUUGGUGAUGCAUUGAAUGAGAGAGAGUUGAAGUCGAUUUCACGUUUAGGAAGAAGAGAACUUGGUUUCUUGUUUGGUUUGAAUGGAUUGGUUGAUAGACAACCUCAAGCGCAGAUUGCGUAG